GAAUGAUUCAACCCCAAGCCAUCUCUCAAUCUCUAUAAAUUGCAUACAUAUUAUUAGUUGGCGAUGGUAGCAAUGGGUGAAGAGGUUGAGCGGGAGGGGUUGUGGGAUGACGACCAAUCAUGGGAAUUUCCAAAAUUAGCAACUGUCGAAGAAGAUUGCGGCAUAAAGUCGGCGGACUCUGACGGGCAGGUGGCGGUCAAGGAUAAUGGAUCGCCGCCAACACCGCCAGAGAAGGGCAAGAAGAGGAGCGCCGCCGCAGGAGGAGAGUCGGAGCUGCAUAUUUUGACGGAGAGGGAGAGGAGGAAGAAGAUGAGAGAUAUGUUCUCCAAUCUUCAUGCCUUGCUCCCUCACAUCCCUCCAAAGGCGGACAAGUCGACAAUAGUUGAUGAAGCUGUGAAGUACAUAAAGAGAGUGGAGCAGAGUGUUUUGGAACUGGAGAAACGAAAGCAAUCCUUAAUGACACAAAACCAGGAUUUGAAGACAUGGAAUUCUGGAAACGUAGUCCUCAACGUGUGUGGGGCAGAUGCUCACAUCAGCGUGUGCAGCAUAAGAAAGCCCGGCCUGCUCGCCGCCCUCUGCUUUACGAUGGAGAGGAACAACUUGGAGGUGGUUUCUGCUCAGGUCUCAUCAUGCAUCUACAUCAUCCAUGCCCGGCCGGCAUAUGGAGGGUCAGACCAGUUCCAGCAGGCAUUCGCAAUUGAAGAAAAUUUCAAGCAGGCAGCAGCAGAAAUAACGAUGUGGCUUAAUUCCUAAGUUCAAUCUCACAAAAUUAUAUUCUCUCCAGAAAUAUCAUUAUUUUCUUUUUUAUUUUGAGAAUCUAUUGAUAAUAUUUUUAUUAUGAGUA